UGCUCUCCUAGGCGGUUGGUUCUCUUGUCAGCCGGCUGGAGAGAGUGUGAAGCGGCGUAUGAGGACGAAGCUGUUCGGCGUGGAGGCAUGCAUGGGAGCGAAACGUGGCACCUUCCUUCCACGUGUCCCUAGUCGUCUCGGCAUGGCUACUAGCCUUCUUCGAUUCUGCAAGCUUGGCCUCGUAGGUUUUGCCAUUAAUCCCCCGGUCCAAGCUGCUUCUCCUCUCUCCAAUGGAUCCAGGACCCCAACACCCGUCCACGUACCGCCACUUCUCGCCAGGAAACGCGGCGGGCAGCGGCGGCGGCGACCUCCUCCUCUUCCUGGCAAUCCCGGCGGGCCGGCUCAUCGGGCUCUCGGCCUCCCUCUGCUCCCGCGCCUUAUCCGCCUUCGUCGGCCUCCUGCUCCUCCCGCCCGCCUCCCUCGUCGGCGCCCUCCGCCGCGCCGCGCCCUCCCUCGCCCGCGCGGCGCUCGCCUUCGCCGCCCUGGCCGCCGCUUUCGCCGCGUCCCUCCUGCUCGGCUUCUUCCUCGUCCGCCGCUGCUCGGUCGAGGGCCCCGUCUCCGUCCGCCGCCCGCUCUACUUCGACUACACGGAGCAGCAGCCCAGCGCCGCCGUGUCCCUCGCCGGCGCCGCCGCCUCGAUCCCCGCCGGCCACUCCGUGAAGGUCUCCGUCGCGCUUCUCCUCCCCGACUCCGACCACAACCGCCAGAUCGGCGUCUUCCAGAUCAAAGCGGAGGCGAUCGCCGCGACAGGGGUCCCGAUCGCGACGGCGACGCGGCCCUACAUGCUGAGGUACAAGAGCGGCGCCGUGCGGCUGGCGCAGUCGGCGCUGGCGAUCGUGCCGCUCGCCACGGGCCUUAUGGGCGAGAGCCAGAGCGCUACGAUCAGGGACGUGCUGCAGUACAGGGAAGAAGGCAACAAGAAGAAGAGGACAGGGCUCGUCAGGGUUUCGCUGCAGCCGAGGGCCAUGACGGUGGCGCUGCCGGAGGUGUACAGCGCGGAGGUGCUCGUGCAGACGGCGCUCCCCGGCUGGAGCAAGGCCCUGGCGCGCGUCUUCAGGUGGAGCCUCUGCGUGUGGGCGUCGGGGUGCGCGUACGUCCUGCUCUCCGUGCUCGCCGUCUGCGCUUGGGUCCGGUGGAGACCGGCUGACCGGCGGCGGGUUGAUGGUCGGAAGGCGAUCGCUGAUUUGGGUGGAAGAGAUGAUGACGGAGCUGGGGAAUUGUCUGGAGAUGUUGUUGUCAGGUGGAGGGAGAGGAGAGGAAGGCGACAGCGAAGGAUUCAUGGCGGCAGGGAUGGGAUCAAGCGCGACGAGGGCUCAGCUUCUGCUGCCGCAGUCGGUGAUCUCUUGGAGCCCUCUGCUUAGUCGUCCUCUUCUGAGUUCAUUUAGUUUAGUUAAGUUAAAGGAGCAGUUGCUGUGAAGUUUGUGUGGGCUGUUGUUGAUCAGAGCAUGUUAAUUACCGGCAAUCUUUUGUAGAGGAGAUCCAAAUGACUUCCUUCCAUAGGAACUAUAACUACACAUAUAAUGCAAAUAAUGGCAAGACAUAAGUGUAAGUUGAUAAGC